AUGGGGCGAGUUGAGGCGACUUUGUCGGUACAGUUUGUCGUCAGGACGCUGCAACAGCAUCGCUCACAUCAUCGCCACGAGGCAGAGGAGGCCGGCCAACAUGUUGAGAUACCGAAAGUCGGCUUGACGAAAUCUGCUCGUCUUUCUUCCCUCGCCUACCAACCACGUCUGGCCUCGAGUCCCGCACGUUGGCAACAUCGUCGUCGCCCAAUCAGAUGA